UCUCAAUAUCUUUCUUCCCCAUCAUCUUGUCGUUCAAUUUUUUUUUUUUUUUGGUAUUGUAUUGAUUGUAUAUUUAAUUGGAGGAAGAAUUGGAUUCUACCAGGGAUACUUGGCUGUUAUUAUCAUUGUUGUUGUCAUUGUUGCUAUUUUGCCCUGCAUGAUUUACAUACCUCUGGUCCGCAGGGAUGACAACCCCCAGUGAAGAUAGAAAGAAGACUCAAUCCGUUGUUUCUUGAAACUAACGCAUUUCCCUUCUUUCACGCUCGUUUCCUUCUGCUUUUUGUCCUCUUCUACCAUCGAAGGUAUCGUCUGUCCAUCUCUUUCAGGAUGCGAUUCCUUCGUCCGCUCUCUUUCAUACUCCCUUUAGUAUCCAUCGCGGUUGCUGAUGUCGAAUUCACUGCUCCGGCUUUUGGCUCGACUCUCAAGGGUGGUAAUGUUGUAACGGCUCACUGGAAAGAGUCUGGUGGAUUUCCCAAAAUUUCACAACUGUUGCAGUAUGAUAUCCACCUUUGCGCAGGGGGAGAUACAUCCGAUUCCUACGAAGAACUAGCUACUCUCAUCAAAGAUGCGCCUUUUGCCCGGGGAAAUUCAGUCUCGUUCAGGCUUGACCAAGAUGCUGGGGGUGAAGAAGCAAACGCAUAUUUCCUGAAAUUGGUCGCGUCGGGUCCUGAUGCCUCCGUGAUCAAUUACUCGAGUCGAUUCUCCCUCACCAACAUGACUGGCUCUUUCUCCCCCCGAGUUACAGACGGGAUCCACGCAAUUCGAGAUGUCAGCGGUGCUCCCCUUAGAGAGGACCAGGAACAUGAAGGGUUCCAGAAGAGGCAGGCCGUUGGGGAACCGGCUGCUGCAGCGACAGGUCUUGGAGCUCACACCAUUCCCUAUAAACUACAGUCCGGCCCGACGCGGUAUGCUCCCAUGGCAAAAAGACCUGGUAGUACGCUUCCACCUGGGACGCCGACUCCGCAGCAUCCAACCAGCCACUACUCCAUUGCUACCGCUUAUCUUGGUGCUCCUACUGUUGAGACUACGGUUUCUGCUACUGAUACGUACAAAGUGACAAACAUUGAGAACACAGCAACUCCUGCGGCACAACCAGAAGACAUGAACAUGAAGAGAUGGUUGGAGAGAUGGAAGGAUUGACCUUAGAACGUACAUGGGAACCUCACAUGGAGAAUUUUCCUUCGGUGUCUACUUACAACGCGACUUGUUACUCCAUGAUGUCCGUUUCGCAUAUGGUGUUCAAGGAGGAUGGAUAUCACCAAUAGUUGGUACUAGUUUAAUCUCAUUUCGGAGCCGGCUGAUUGCCUAUAUUGUAUAGUCCAACGGAUUGUAUCUGAUAGUAAAUUCUUUAUGUCUGAGGUUCAUAAUGCAGUCUAUCUAUCCUUUUUGGUCGCUCUCUAGUGCAAAGGAAAGGUUAAUACCGAGAAGAUGGAAUUGGAGAAAGUGACAGUGGUGUAAAUAAAAACAAAAAUGUGCAUAUCAUCGUGAAAGUUAAG